UAUCGGAUUCUACUGACGUACCACUCAAACUUAACUUCCUGUGUAAUCUAGUCUGUCCUCGAGGUUUUUGGGUCGUCGUUAUCGAGCGAACUCGCUUAAUUGCUAGCUACAUACCACAGCAAUAUGUUUUGUUUAUAUAUAACCCGUGGCGUACAAUCAACUUUAAAAUCUCGGCCGAUUCUCACUCAGUCCCGCCAUAUCGGUAAGGUUAUAUGUCCGGUGUCAAAAAUUCAUCGGACGAAUGCAUCGCCUGUUAGUGGGACCAAGUCUUCUUACGCAUGUGUAUUAUUGAAGUAUCAGGGAAGUCUGCUACAAGUCACACGAAGACCCUUCUUUAAUAACGUUUCAAUAAAUAAGCAGGUCCAGUCAUCUCCAGUACACAAGGCAUUGCGUUGCUUCUGUUCAUCUUCUUCCAGCAACUCUGAGGAAGGGACACUGAUUUACUCGGGCAGCUUGGCUAAAGCUGUUCUUGGUGUGAAAUUAUUCUCCUACUCCACCAGUAUAUUCAGCAUGUGUGUGAUGCCACAAGUGCUCCUCAAAACGGGCUUUGGGGUCCAGAGCCUGGCCCUGCAGGUGGCCGUCUGCGGCACCAUCGGCCUCUUCACCUUCAUAACCCCAGUGCUCCUCCACCUGCUCAGCAAGGGCUACGUGGUGCGCCUGUACCACAACCACGAAAUGGACACCUACACGGCCGUCACCUACAACGCCCUGCUGGCAGAGAAGAAGACUGUGUUCCACCAGAGUCAGGUCUCCGUGCCGGGCGUGAGCAAGAUGUUCACCACCUUCUACGCCAACAGGAGGUCCAUGCUGGUCAACCCCGAACUCUUCGCUUUGCCCCACGACUACAACCACCUCAUGGGCUACGACAAGCCCUUCUCCUUUGACUUAGACAAGUUCGAGGAGCAGGAGAGAAGCAAGCAAGACUGACAAUGCUGAGCCCCCCCUUACGGCAUGCGGCGUACGGCAGGAGCUGAGGGUAAAGAGAAGGGGCCUGAACACUGGGGUAUGGUGCCGCAGUAUGAACAAUUGAAGAACACUGCUGUGGAGUGACACUCAGUCUAGCCAGGAUGCUUCAACCCAGUGUAAUGCAUUUAUUCCAGUGUUACUUUCGGAUGCUUCUUAUUUUCUAGUUUUUUUGCUUUAGUAAACUAAUUUCAGAUACUGUAACUGAUGACGAUGUGCAGGAAUUUGGGCAAGACAAAGAUACAAUACUGGUUUAAAGUGGUUGCAAAUCGGUGGUGAAGCUGAUCGGCAUAUGACGUCAUUGGAGUUGUGAAAAGCUACACGACAUCAGUCGUGAAGGGCUAUAAUCAGAUAUCCUUCAGUUUGUUUUCAGCUUCGACGUUUGAAAGCAAGGGAAAGCAGUUUUUCUAAACAGGGAAGGUUUCCCACCCAGACACACCUAGUUAAUCCUAUGUAUUCAGACCUUAAUUCAUUGGUUGAAUUGAGCCUAUUUACCUGGUAGUGCAGUAGGUGCUAUGGCUAGGGCUCCCUGAUCCCUGUCUAUCCAGUGCACUGUACACUCGGGUCUGGGUAGACUGAGCCAAUGAAGUCAGGCCUUGAAAAGCAGUUAAAGGACAGUCAAUUGGCUGUGUUGUCUCCACCCAACAUAUGAAGCUUGGGUAUUGUUUUUGAGGUGCCAGGUUGGAUUCGAUAAUGGGUGGCAGUGGAGUCCAAAUUCAAUUUCAUUCAAGCAGACAAUGGUUAUCAAAUCUGAUCUUUCUGCCAUAUUUUCUAUGUUUUUUGUAUUUAAAAAUUGAUUUGAUUUUAAUGUAAUGAUUACUGUAAAUACACAGAUUUUGUUUGAGUAUUCUCAAAUUCUAUUUCAAUAAAUCUUGGCAGACUAAAUAA